AUUUUGAUCGGUCAGUUUGAAUGGCAGCUAUAAGCUAUAGUGGUCCGAUCUUCUUUGAUAUAGCGAUGCCUUGGAUAAUAAUCAACGCCAAUUUUCGUGAAAAUACCUCGUCUAAUCAAAAAGUUUUCCAUACAAAGACUUGAGUUUGAGCGUAAAGUUUGUAUGGCAGCUAUAUGCUGUAGUCAUCCAAUAUCUGCGGAGGUAUCUUGGUGAGAAAAAGACGUACGUAUGUAAAAUUUCAGACAUACUCGGCUCGUCACACUGAUCAUUUAUAUAUAGACUUUAUAGAGCCUCCGACGUUUGGUUUUGGGUGUUUGUAACAGCGUGGAAAAACUUAAUGUACCCUGUUUAGAGUAUAAUAUGUAUGGAAAAGCUAAAGGCGAAUGUAACCCAUCAUUUUAUACUCUCGUAAGGAUCAAAGGCGGCGAAAUACUUUUAGGUGUUGACAAAACUUUAUAUUAAACAAGAAAAAACGUUUACCUCAGUUGCAGCGUAGCUAUAAUACCCCUCACAAAUACAAAUUAUCGAUUAGCUUGUAUGGCAGCUACAUCCAAUAGGGGACCGUUGUCGGCGGAUUCGACAGAUGAGCAGCAUCUUGGGGAAAGAAAUCUGUUUAUUUCUACGAUAAAACAAUACUUUUAACUGACUACCCUAAAAUCAGAUCGCGAAUUGGCUCUAAUCAAUUGAGAUAAUAUUAAAUCUUAAGAAAAAAUAAGUUGAAACUAAAAAUUGUGGUUGGAGUAAAAAUCAUUAAAUAUUUUCACCGUCGUAAUUAUCUCGACAUCACUGUAUUCAUAAGUUCUACACACGUGUGUCAGUUGUCACUAUCGUAAAGGGUUAUCCCUGGCUGUCAGAAAAAUCAAUCGGGGUGUAAGUUUUUAAUUAAUUCAACCAGUUUAUUCGCUCGAUUAAUUUUUAAUAAAUUGGUCAUUUCAACAAAUAAGAUGAGUGAUAGUGAAAAUGAAAGCAUUCAGGAUCUACUGGAAUGCGCUGAAGAAUACGAAAAUUUGAUGCGAGAGAAACUAAAGACGGAAAGUAAAAGUAACAAAAAUAAAAAUACUACAGCAGCACCGAGCAACAAAAAACAUACCACCAUCAGCGAUGACACUGAGGAAUUGCCCAUGGAAAAAGUUAUAUUUGGCGAUCGAAAAGGAUUGCUGGAGAAUUUAGCUGUAGCCGUUGGUGAAUCUAAAAAAAUCAAUGAUGAAAAGGAAGUCGCAAGCGGUAGUGCAGAAGAUGAUUUGAAAGAUAGUAGAAAACGUAAACCCGCAUGGACCGACGCGGAUGACACAGAUAUUACAUUGGGUGAGGUGAAACGUCCUACACGUUUUUCAGGCCCUCACGAUCAUUUGCGUAAAGAUAAAUCUUACAAAGAAUACCUAACGGCACGAUAUGUGCGGACAGUGCCGCAACCAAAAUGGGCAGAGCUAGAUACGAAAAAGGUGUCUGAGGACGCAGAGGAUGAGGCACUUCUGCAGACUGUUGGUUUUGUAGCUAAACCAGAUACGAAUAAUUUAAGACAAACGCAUAUAGAAAUCAAACGGUUGAAAGAUUUAAAUCGAGCUUCAUAUGCAGAAGGUUCCAUUGCCAGCAUACAAUUUAUACCAAAAAGCACAGCGACAUUGGUAUCAGGAACAUCAGGCAUAGCAACGAUAUACAGCAUUGACGGCGUGAAAAAUGAAAAGUUACACAGCAUGCAUUUCGAAAAUUUCCCAAUAUUGUGUGCACACUUGAAGCCGUGCGGCACUAAGGCUAUCUUUGGGUCUGCAAGGCGAGACUACUACGAGUACGAUCUUUUGACAGCGCAGGAAAUGCGCUAUAAGCUGCCUGAGAAUGUUACGACUCUGCGCAACUUUAGAAUAUCUCCAUGUGGACGUUACAUGGCCGUCGCUGGUCGUUUCGGCAACAUGCACGUAUUCGAUGCAACUUCGCAAGAACUUAUACACACAUUUAAACAGAACGACGAUGUAGCUGCCAUGUGCUUUACCGCCGAUUCUAAAAACAUCGUAUGCAGUUCCCUGUCUCCCAAGAUCAAUAUAUUCUCUUUGACAAAGCAACGUUUGGCUCAUAGCCUUAUUGAUGACGGCUGUUUGAAUGGAAGUGCAAUGGAUUUAUCGUUGGACCAACGCCUCAUAGCGACUGGUAGCAUGGAGGGCGUAGUUAACGUUUAUGACUUUCAAAAGCUGCAGUUGUCUACUGCGCCAAAGCCAGAGAAGACUUUCCUAAAUUUACGAACAAUCAUUUCGAAUGUAAAGUUCAAUCACACUGCUGAAAUAUUGGCUAUGUGCUCCGUUAAAGUACGGUCUGCGGUUAAGUUGGCACACUUCCCAAGCGCUACAGUCUUCGCCAAUUUCCCGAGAAAAAAUGACAUUGGCAAAAUUCGUGUUGUGGAAUUUUCACCCAACAGUGCAUAUUUGGCGAUGGGCUGCACGAACAAACGAGUGACUUUGAUGCGGCUAAAACAUUACAAAUACUAUUAAGAUCAUUGUUUGAUUUAUUUGUAAUUUUUAACAGAAAUUAAGUAAAAUAACGUAUUUUAUAGAAAACUGCAUUUUAACAAAAAUGUAUGUUUAUUGAGAAAUAUACUUUAAAAACAUCAAUCAAUUGUAGUAAGCUGAUCGGAAGGAACGUUCUGAUUCGCGCUUAAACGA